CGGCGCCGAGCUCUGCAACUUUUUGUUUACAAACUAAACGCGGCAUUUUCGUGACGAAAUCCGAGUUUUACCGGAGGAUUCUUUGGCCGCAAUCAUGAGUGAGGAGGACGAGCGGACGCUGUGGUGCGGCAACCUGUCGGACAAGGUCACCGAGGAGCUGCUGUACGAGCUGUUUGUGCAGGCCGGUCCGGUGCAGCUGGUGAAGAUCCCGCGGGACAACGAGAAGCGACAGCGCUCGUACGCGUUCAUCACGUACGGCCACGCGGCCUCGGUCGAGUACGCGAUCGAAAUCUUCGAGGGAACGAAACUCUUCCAGCGGCCACUGACGCUGCACAAAAAGAGCAAAAACGGACCCAACCCGGCGGCCUCCCCGAAAGUCAACUUCAACAGCAACCAGCGCGGCCAGCAGCAGCAGCACCAUCAGAAUCAAAAUCAGAACCAGCAGCAGUUCCAGAACUCCCCGGGCGGUAUGCGCGACGAGCUGCUCAGUCAGAUGAACCUUGGCGCGGACAUGAUGAACCCGGCCCUGGUGGGACAAAUGAUGGCCAACAUGCAGGAGCUCAUCAUGCAACAGAUGAACCAACCUAUGCAGCAGCAGAACCACCAGGGCAAGAUGAACCACCGGAACAAUCGGUCCCACCACCAGCAGCAACCGUACUCGCGGGGGGACAAUAAUCGAGGAGGAGGUGAUGGCCAGCAGCUGUACUCGAGGGAUCGUAACGAUGGGCAGAUGUACUCGCGUGACCGGGGUGGAAGGAAUCGGAAUGGAGGUGGAAGUGGUGGGGGAGGAGGUGGCGGCGGUGGCGGCAAUCAGAAUCGAAGGAAUGACUAUCGGGGAAGGAGAUAGUGCGAAGGGACUUGUUUUUGAGAUGUAAACUUUUUCUUUUUCUAGCAUUUAACGACUGCGUGAUGGUGGAGUGAAAAUUGGGUUGAUUUUUUUGCUGAGAAAUUGUCCUUGAAUCAGUAUUCUUAUACAUACCAAAUUAUUUACUAACCAUUGUCGAUCGAAUCACCUCGAUCAGAAUUUUAUGGUCUGAUAAGUAAACGAGAUUUGACUAGAAUAAAAAAUAUCGUGCGAUUGCU